AUGACCGAACACCCGAAACUAAUCGUGCUCUUGGAGCUCACCACGAUCUCGGGGUUCAAUCCCAAUAUCUCGUUCUUCCCCGCCAAACGAGUCAAGGCGAUCAAUGAAAGACUGGGGCAUAACCGACUAGACCAACUACUCGAGCAGAUCCGCGCGCUCGUUUCAACGAAGAUCAAAACCGCCUGUGCCAUUCCGCAGUCUUAUAUCCAGCGGCGGCACUCGCUAAGCCAGAGCCACGAGUUCCCUGACUGGGCAAGCAUUCAAGCUCAUAUCUCCGGUAUCUUGGCACCUUUUUCCAUUAGUCAUCCUGCAAAAGUAGCCUAUUUUGAAGCCGUCCACCCAGUCUACCCGUUUCUGUCUCCCGACACAUUCCGUCAGAAAGCCACGGCCGAGAACCUGCCCCAUCUGCUUGCUGCUGACCGCGCUUGGGCGGCAUUAUUCUACGCGAUUGUUGCCAUUGGAUGCCAGAAUAACGAGGGGGGCAGCUUUGAGGUUGGAGUAGGUGAGGCCUGGCAAUACUUCGAGCGGUCACUGUCGUAUUUUCCUGACUUGGUGUUCGGUCGCGGUUCAUUGACUGCCGUUCAGGCAAUCUUUUCAUCCACCGUGUCUGCCUUCCAAUUCGAACCCCUGAUGUUGUCAGAAGCUAGCAUGAUGGCGCAGGCACUCGGCUACCAUCGCUCGAACGGGGUGCAAGAAACGGCUCACCGACGUACAUUCUGGGUUCUUUACUAUCUUGAAAAGACUUCAUGCUUUGGCACGGCAAGAAACUCCGUCAUCGAUGACUCCAACAUCAGCUGUGCCAUUCCAGACGUGCUAGAGUCUACCUUUGGGGACUACGACUGGUUCUUCUGCUUCAUCAAGUACGGCCGUCUAGUCUCAAAGGUCCAUCAGUCCCUUUUCAACGUCAGCGCCGUGAGCCAGCCCCUGCAGACAUACAAUGCCACCGUGAACAGUCUACGCUCGGAGCUAGAGAUCUGGCGUCUUGCGAUCCCCUCUCGAUUCCGGCCGGGCGAGGUCCCGAAACCUCGUCUUCUGCGCGAGCCAUUGGCUCUUAAGAUUGCCUUACUCACGCAUUAUAUGUACUUCCACGCUCUUCUCACUCUAUCGUGGACCAUCCUCCAUGUAGGGACUGCUCGCGUCGCGGCGUCGCAGCAGGACGUCUUGAAGCGCGAACUGUUGCGCACGGCGAGAAGUGUUCUUGAACUAGCGGCCUUUAUCGAGGUCGCGCCUUCGACGCCUGUCUGCCGCAUUGAGUACGCCAGCAAGGGGGCGCUUCCGGGCUCCCUGGUGGCCGAGUUCGCCCACCUCGCCCGGCAGUACGUGUCGGACGUCAGGAGUGGCAAGACGCAGAGGGGCAGCGAGACUAUCCGCGCCCCAAGGUGCGUUGAGGAUACAGCAACCGCACCCGUCGUCACAGAUGGUACGGCUCUGGUGUCGACAGCCGCCAUGCGUGUCCCGGUUGGCAAUCCGGCAAUGAGUGUCGAUCGGCCCCGGGAGACCGAGCUCGAUCCGACGGCGCCCGUCCAGCCCUGGAGUCCGGCCUCGUUCGACCCCAUCUCCUUUCCACUGCUCGAUGAUCCGAGCUAUGCGCUGGAUGAUGUGCAGUGGUUGGGGAUCGAUGUUAUGGGGCUUUUUGAUCAGCUGUAUUGA